AUGUCUGCCCAGGCCUCAGGCUCCUCCUCCCCCCACUCCCUGCGCUACUUCUACACAGCAGUGUCUGAGCCUGGUUCGGGGCUGCCCCAGUUCAUCACGGUGGGCUACGUGGACGACCAGCCCUUCAUCAAGUAUGACAGCAUCACGAGAAAUGUGUCCCUGGUUCCCUGGAUGGAGAAGGUGGUGGAAUACAAGGCUGACUACUGGGAGUGGGAGACCCAGAUCUUGCAGGGCACAGAGACUUCGUUCCGAGGGAAGCUGGUGACGCUGCGGGAUCGCUUCCACCAGAACGACACAGGCGAAAGAGGGCCCUGCCUCACCACUGUUGGGGGAUGGAAUCAAAGGGUUCCUGGGACGGGGGCGGCCCUGGGAAAGCUGGGAGACCCCCGGCAGGACGGGUGGGCGCUCUGCAGCCUCCUCCCUCUUCUCGGUGGGGGGGAGAGAGGGGCCCCCCCACAAAGCGAAGGGACCUCAGAGACCCCCCCCCCCUAUUGUGUGUCUCUUGCAGGGCUCCACACCUGGCAGUGGAUGUACGGCUGCGAGGUGGGGCCGGACGGGCGGUUCACUGGGGGGCUUUACCAGUUCGCCUAUGACGGGGAAGACUUCAUCACCCUGGACAGGGAGACCCUCACCUGGACGGCCCGCGUCCCCCAGGCCCUGGACACCAAGCGGUGCUUGGAGGGCGAGAUCCAGUGGGCCGAGCGCACCAACUUCUACCUGGAGGAGACCUGCGUGGCGUGGCUGCGGAGGCACCUGGGCUAUGGCCAGGAGAGCCUCCUGAGGACAGAGGCACCAAUGCCAAGGGUGGCACGCAAGGAGGGCCACAAUGGCCAGGAGACCCUCUUCUGCCAGCUCUACGGCUUCUACCCCAAGGGGAUUGAGGUCACCUGGAUGAAGGACGGGGAGGACCGGAGGCCGGAGACCCUGACGGGGGGUGUCGUCCCCAACUCGGACGGGACCUACCACACCUGGCUCAGCAUCGAGGUGGACCCCAAGGAGAGGGACCGCUACCGGUGCCGAGUGGGGCACGACAGCCUGCCGGAGAUCCUGGACUUGGCCUGGGAGGACCCAGGACCCAGCUGGGGGCUCAUUGUGGGAGUCCUCGUCGGGGUCACCCUCGCUGCCCUUGCGCUGGGGGCUGGAGUCGCCCUCUACUGGAAAAGACGUAGUCGGCCGGAGGGUGGUUACAAUGGAACACCAGCGUUUAUCCCCAGCCAAAACAUCCAGCCAUUAAAGCUCCUUCAUGACCUCAUAUAUGGCCAGGGGUCCUCAACUCCCGGACCGGUACCAGGCCGCAGCCUGUCCUUAAUCGGGCCGGCUGGGGAAGGGGCCGUGAAGCGCUUUCUGCGCUCUGUAAAUGUCAAUCUCCCCCCCUGCCGAUCACCUGAUUGGCGGGGAAACCAUGUGAAACUGCGACGGCCAGCAGCUGCUGAAAAAGCUGCGCUGCCCUUGCCUUCUUCCCAGCUGGAAGCACAGACUCUUGCUGCCUGCGGCCGAGCUCAGGCUGCCGGCGACGGCUCUGCCCGGCGACUCCUGACGUUUCCUGGGAUCCUCUUUCUGAUUGGAGAGAAAUUCCCCCCUCGGCCAAUCCGGGCUCUCGCUCCGCGCGUUCCUCCCAGCCGGGUCCGGGGAAAGUGCGUUGCAAGCCCGGCGGGCGCAGAAGCGCGUUUGGAGCUGCGGGGAUGA